UAGUUUAAUUCGAAUCGUUUCUUUGGCAGGGCAGGGUAGCUUGCUAAGCAAAGCAGUACUCUCAGUCUCAGUACAUUCACUCAUCACUGUCACUCGAACUAAAGUGAACUCGAUACCUAUUAAAUAUAAUAUUUGGCUUAAAAGAAGAGAGCCAUCAACAAUAAAUUUAAAUAAAAAGAUUUACUAUACUCGUACCUACAUACCUAUACCUAUGUACCUUUAAUUAAUUGAAGAAAUUAAUUAAAUUAAAGUUUACUGUUGGUGUUCUGUUUAAGUUUUGUCUAUAAGUUUAUGUGUUUUUUGUUUUGUUUCAUUGUUCUAUUUGCUGUCAAGUCUGUUUUAAUUUAAGCCAUGACGACAAGUGUUAAUAAAAUAGUUCGUCGAAAUGUUCACGAUAAGUUGAAACUCAUCAAAAUGGUCAAUGACAAUCGCAUAUUGUGGGAUUCCCGUUUGCCAAAUUUUAAAGGAGCCGAAGAGGAAAAGACUCAUGCUUGGCAAAUGAUUGGCAAUGAAUUUGGUGUUCCUGGAAGGAGAGUAGCGAGGGCUUUCAAAUCAUUGCGAGAAUCCUAUCGCAGGGAGUUGGCAUUGGUUAAGACAAUGGGCGAGGGAUUCCAAUCGAAAUGGGGACUGUUUGCAGCUAUGGACUUUCUUCGUGAAGUUAUACGUGAGAGGAAGAGUACAUCUGUCAUACCAGAUCUCAGCUUGGGUCUCACUAAAAACAGCAACAACAACCACAGCACCAAAAGUCUCAAUCGUUCAUCAAUAUCCGAUGACUAUGGGUUUUAUGUUAAAACCGAACCAGCCGAUCUCGAUACAAAUCCAGACAAUCACAUUUCAAGCACCCUAAAUGGAAACUACGAUGACAUAGAUGACAUGACAUCCGACGAUAGCAACCAGGUGCAUCGUAGUCGUGCUACCACCAAGCAGAAUCUUCAUCACAAUACUCCAGUGUCUAUUAUUAACAGUAAUGGUCUACAAGGUACAAAUGGUGGAGGAAAUGAUGUCGAGGAACUCGAAGCCAUCGAUGCUGACUUUCCUUAUCCAUUAAUAAUAGACAAUUCACCACCAUCCCCAUCGUCGGGAAAAAGGAAACGUCACAAUUCCUCCUCCGAUGACGACAUCAAUCCCUACGACCAAUCCCCCACUCAUAACAAUCAUAAUCAUCAUCAAACCAAAAUACAACCAACCGUUCGAGAGGUUUUGAAUUCAAAAUUCUGUGGCUUCAUAUCGGCCAAAUUGAAUAGCAUGGACGAUACGGAUGCUGAUAAUUUGAUGAAUCGAAUUCUAAUGCUGCUCGUUCAGUCACAAACCCUCAAUGGUAAUUCCAAAUAAUGCCAAAUUGUAAUAUCUAUUGUUUGUGUGUGUGCCAUCACCCUUUCCAAAGUUAAGUUGAAGUUAAAAGAUAAAAAAGACCAAAGUUCCUAAACGGAAUUUCUAUUACAUAUAUUUUUUUCUAUUUAAAAUGUUUAAUUUUAUCCUUAAUUCUUAUGUUAACUCUACAUUAAAAUAAAUGUAAAAUAUGUUUCUUGAGUAAUAAUACAAAAAUAACGAACAAAU